AAAUAAUAAUUUAUUUAAAAAAGAAAAAUUGGUGACACACAAAACUGAAAAACCAACAAAAAUUGAAAUGGUUUGUGUCAUGUGCGAGCAGUUUAAGGCUCAUGCCCAACAACUCCUCCCUCAAAACAGUUACAACAUUAUCAUGCAUCAAAACCCCCUCCUCUUUCAUAUCUCUAUAUAUUAUACUUAUAGAGAGAGAAAGAGAGAGGAGAGAGAGAGAGAGAGAAAAUGGAGGAAAUUGGAGAGAAGAUUAAAGGAUCUUGGAACCCACAAGAAGACGCUGCACUAAUAGCGCUGGUGGAGGAGCACGGCCCCCGCAACUGGUCCCUUAUUAGCAACGGCAUCCCUGGGAGAUCCGGCAAAUCUUGCCGGCUGCGGUGGUGCAAUCAGCUGAGCCCGUCGGUGAAGCACCGCCCCUUCACGGCGGCGGAGGACGCCUUGAUUUUGCAGGCUCACACCGUACACGGGAACAGAUGGGCCACCAUCGCCCGCCUCUUGCCUGGGAGGACCGAUAACGCCAUUAAGAAUCACUGGAAUUCCACUCUCAGGAGAAAGCGAAAUGUUCGCGGCGUCGACACGGCGGCGAUGCGGCGGAGUUCGGAUGAGUCGGGGAGCGGGUCGUCUGAGUCGGCGUUGAAGAGGCAGUGCUCGCGUGUGUCGCAGGAGCAGAAUAGUUACAGUGGGGGUCGUGAUGAUUUGAUUUUAGAGGAAGGGGAUAUGGGGACGGGUGAUGGGCUGACCCUCACACUUUUGCCGCCGGGAGGGAGAGCGCUAGAGUCACCCGACGGUGAGAAAGAGGUGAGAAAGGAAGAGAUUCGGAUCUUUGACGAUGGAAGUUCGACGGUUGAGAUUGAAAACACGUGUUUGGUGAAGAUUAUGCAGAGGAUCAUAGCACAGGAGGUCCGUACUUAUUUCGAGAAGUUACGGGCUGAGGGUGACCAUGAUAUUGGGCCCGAGUUUGAGUCACAAGUCCGAAGAAGCAUCUAGUUUUAUUAGCAAAAUUGCAAAUUGAGAAUGGUUUUUUUUAUGUAUUUGUGCACUUUUGCUUACUUUGUUCUUUUUUCUUUUUUUUUUUUUUAAAAAUAGUUCUCUUCCGUUACUUCUUCUUAAAUCGUUUUCUUUUUAAUU